AUGUUAGGAGCAGUGGUGGUUGGCGUUGGCACAGUGGGUUGGGUGAGGAUCCGAGACAUCUUAGUGCCACUGCCCGGUAGUGCUGCUGAAAAACUGACUGUCAAAGGGUUCAUAUCCAGGUGACAUACAUGUUUCCCUGUAGGGCCGUGUGAUAUGUCUGUAUUAUUUGCAAAGGAUUAGAAUGUAAUUUUUAUUUGUUUGUUUGUUUUUAACUGUCCAUUUUUAACUGUGAAUUUUCCUUUGUCUGUUUCUGCCUUUGUUUUGUUUCCUCUGUUAAAUCACUUUGUAAACGUGUUUUUAAAGGUGCUAUAUUAAUAUAUUAUAUAUUAUUAUACUAAAGGUGACAUUACAGUGUUUCUCCUACAUUCAUUCAGCAGUGGCGGUGAUGUUUAUUUAUCAGUUAUUUUGAGACAGACAUUUGCUGCACCACAAAUCCUCACUUACUCAAACUUGCGUACACAAUGUGAGACCAGUCCUGAGACUGUCUCACAUCGUAUACGCAAGUUUGAGAUAAGUCUGAGAUGCCCACUUUUGCUGCUGGAGCUGCAGAAUAUGUGUGAGAGAGACUGCAGCAUUCACCCUGUGCUGGCAAAAAAGGUUUAUCAUUUAAUUCUGUUUAUGGUUUACUGAAGAAUAAGGCUCUGUGUUCAUUUGCAUCAGAAGCAGGAAAAUGAGUACUGAUCAUAAAGUGGUCACUGGAGAUCCAUAGUUAAUGCACGAUGAAGACUAAAGCCAUCAACUCAGCAUAAACCCUGUGUAGAUGCCAGGUUUAAAAAGCUUCAUAGUUGAGAUGUAACUGAAUGACCUAUAAAGGGUGGUUCUUCUAUAGGAAUGCUAACCCUAAAGCUGAGCUUCUUCAUCUUUUUAACUCAACAGCAUAUUUCCUACGAAGUUCCUUAAUAAACAGUGCGCAGUUGUAUGUUUAAGAUGCUUUUUUCAUUCUUUACAGUGUAAUUGAUUGCUAUGGCUGGUGUGUUUUUCUUAAUAGGAGAAACCUGGAAACUCAGCAGGGGGUGAGUCAGAUCUCAUUACAAGAGGCUCUGAGCAGAGAAGACAUUCAUGUGGCCAUCAUCAGCACUGAGAAUGCAUCACAUGAAGAAAACAUUAGGUAAUCUUUGAGAGUAACUGUUGCAUUGGGUUGUACCUCUCUGAAGUAGAGCUAUCAUGAUAUCAGAAUAUCGCUGAUUAAGCAUUUCCACUUAUUGUUAUUCUGUUCUUUAUUAUUAUUAUUAUUAUUAUUAUUUUUAUUUUUAUUUUUUUUCUUCCGCCAUUUAUUGGCCCUUUUCAACACCUUCCCAGUUUGUGCUAUUUCAACUGUUCCUCUCCUUCAGUACAUGUGCGGAUGUACUUUUCACUUUUCUACCAUUUAUGGUUUUUGUUUUUUUUUUGACUUUUUGUGCAAAAAUUUUAACAUUGAAGUCAAUGGGGAAAUCUUCCAAUUCUGUAUUCUUCUGUCUUCUGUAUUCACUUUUUUGUGCUAUCUUCUACAGUUUUCCCACAAUUUAGCUUUAAGCACCUCAUAGUUUUCAGCAAAUUUCAGGCUUUAUAAUGGGUGUGUAUUGGAGAGGCUAGAGUGUUUGAUUACAUCGCUAGAGUGCAGACCUCCUCUUGGAUUGACAGAACCUUGCUCGAAUAUAUCGCUCCCAAGCCCACAAAUUUCACUCCACAGCCAUAAAAAAAAACAUAAAAAUGGAGGUAUAUGUGUUCUGCUUCUCACAAAAGAGGUUUCAAAUCAGUAAAUCGUACCCCUUGGCCAGCAGGUGACCAAAUGUCCAAAUAGGCGGAAAUCUCUCCCAUUAAACCUAAUGUAUUUUUUCUCCAAGAAAAUCCUGAUCAUCACUCAGGCUCAGACCUUUUUAACUCGCUGUGACACUCACAGACAUGAAAAACACAUCAUUGUGUUCAUGAAGGGCGGAGGAUUUGUACAAUGUUCUUAUUUUCAAUCUGGGAUUUAAGGAAAUCGUGCUAUGUGAAGAAGUUCAGAGGCCCUAAAUUCACUGCAGUUCAGCAGCUUCUCAUUCAAACAGUAGGUCAGUUAAUGCCUUUGAUGUCUAACACCUGUUAAGAUGCAUUAAUUAACACACACACACACAAACAUUCUUGUACUUGCUGCUUUGUGAGGUCUAUGAGAAAAGACCCACAAAGCGAGGACUACAAACUUUGACCUACAGAAACCAUUCAGGGCUCCAAAAAUUCAGCUCAUUGAGGACAUUAUGGGGUGUACUCAGGAUUUUUAUUCAUUUAACUUUUCCCCACUUUAAAAUUAUUCUCAUUAUUCAUGCAUUAUUAAAUUCUUCAGACAAAUCCAAACUCAUUCAAACCUUUCUGAUACUUCAAACCUGUUUAACACGUAGGACUUCUAAUUAUCUAAAAUUUUUCCCACUUCAAAAUCAUUCUCAUUAUUUAUGUAUGUUUUAAUUACCACUGCAAUUACUACUUAUAUCACUUUAACUUGUAUCUUCACUUCUACCUCCACUGCUCUUGCUUCUCUUCAUAUUUUUUUUACUUCUACUCUUACUUCUACCACAAGCUCUACUGCUUUGACUUCUACUUCUUCUAAAACUACUUCUACUGCUUACAUGACUACAAAUAUCACUACUACAACUACCUAUUAUCAUACAACUUCUAGUAGUCCAACUUAAACUUAUGCCACUUCUCACUUUUCUGUGUUUCAAGGUAAUUUUCUUCCUUAUCCAUUUUUUUUGCAAUUUCAGACAGUUUUUCUAGCCUUAUUCAGCAUGAAUGCAAUUUUAAUUUAUGAAGCACAUUCAUACUAUUUGUACUCCAGCAAUUUUCACUUUCGUCCAACUUGUACUUCUCUUUCUCCAGCCAUUUAACCAAUUUUACAUUUAAACCUUCCUCCAUUUUUUUUUAGCAUUUCCACGCAUUUUCUGCAAGGAAAUGCAAUUUUUCUAGUUUUUACUAUUUCUUUUAAAAUGCUCAGUUUUAGCUUAUAUUUUAAUUUGUCUCACUGUUAGUUUGGAUUUUUUUUUAAAUGCUAUUAAUAAUGUACUGACCUUUGCACUUAAUUAUUUUACUUCACUACAGUUUUCAGUAAUGUAUUAAAGUUUUACAUGUUGCCUUUAAUCUCACAUUGUACAGUGACUAAUAAGUAUUUGCAGGAAUGUUUUUCUUUGGUAUAGGAGGGGUCGUCUGUUCAUCCCUCCCUCCCAGCCUUAUAAAAGCUAGAGCAGCAGCCAGAGCAGGUGUUACAGCCUGGCUGCUGAGGACGACCCCCCACCUUAAAAUUAAAGUGUUUAUUAUGUUUCAUAAGGUGAUCGAUUAGGAGACCAAUAACUAAAACUCCCCUCUUAAAUAGCAACGUGUAAACUGACAGUAAUGGACGCAAUGAUUUUUUUUCCUUAACUUUGCACAAAGUUCACGAUUUUAAACCAGCCAGUUCUAUUCAGGGUGUUUCUAAAGUUAAUACGCAGUAGACAGGAUGAUGGUAACUGUAGUAUGUCCGCAGCACACCAGAAUGGACACAGGACUGCGGGCAAGAGAUGAAAAUUGGGUGAAGCAGUGUGUUCUUCUCAGUGGUAGCAGUAAUUAUGAGUUGUUCAUAACCUUUGGACUGAAACAGUUCAAGAAUGGGCUUCCUUGCUCUUGACAGCAAAUCUUCAUUAAAGUCUCCACAGACUAAGAUGGGAUGAUGAUCCAUGACUUCCAGUGAAUCCAAGAGACUUCUGAGGUUGGAUAUGAAUGAGUGAACAUUGUAGUCAGGAGGCCUGUAGAUGGCAGCAAUUAGAGCCCUGAAAGGAGCUUCAAGUUUGAUGACACUGAACUCAAUAUCAGUGGCAUUCUGAAUGAAAUGUCUCUCAAGGACUCUGAUGUGUUUUUUCACAUAGAUGGCAACUCCGCCACAGUUUUUUUAAGUGGCCAUGGCAGGAUGGUUUGAAUAAGACAUGUUUCUGUUACGUUUGAACAUGUCGUAGCCUUCAAGAUGGAGACUCUCAGCAACAAAGGAUCCUUGCAGAUGAGUUUCAGUGAGACAGAGCGCGUCUGCAAGAUGUAGUUCAUGGUGACUUUUGAUGUCAGUGAUUUGAGCUGGUAGUCCUUCUGUGUUGUGAUUAGGCCUGUUGCGAUUCACGAUUUUAAUCGAAAUGACUCGUAAUAGACGUUCGAUUCAACGUAUCGAAAUCACAACGUGAGUCGCGAUGCACUUCCGCGCACGUCCGAGGCUCCGAGCCAUGUGGUUUUGUUAUGGGUGUGUGUGGCUGCUGGCUGUGGCUAGGCUAUCAUCAGACAGUCAGAUCCCAAACCAACACUCCUGUCCCAUUGGACGAGAACGAGUCACAUGAGUUAUGUGUCCCAUGGGAGGGGAGUAUUUGCGUUAGGGCUCCCACUGUCUCACUACACCUUGCCUUGACGCAUGCGUGCUUCCGACAUGGGCGAGAGAAAAAAGGAGAGGCGAUCGGAGUAACAACAGAAAUGAAUGAGAGCGAAAGCGAACAGACCGCAGAUAUAUAUUACAGAGAGAUACACAGCGAAUUCAAUUCACCAUGGCCACUGCGUCUGUAAACAACGACACCAAGAAUGAGCCUGUCCCCAGAGAAGAGCUGGAAAACCCUCCCGCUUCAUACAGGUCUAAAGUGUGGAAAUAUUUUGGCUUCCCUGUACAUUAUGAGAGUGAGGGCUCUCGACGGGUCGUAAGUAAGACGCAUACUGUUUGUCGACUCUGCUAUAUGCGAGUGCCGUAUCCCUCCACAAGCAACACAACGAAUAUGGCACAGCAUCUCAGCCGUCAAUACAAAGAUGUGAAAGAACCACAAAACCUGACGCAGCCCUCAAUCAAAGACGCCAUUAAGAAAAAAGAAAAGUUUGCACCAAAUUCGGCUCGCGCUAAGGACAUAAACAGCGCACUUGCUGUGAUGAUAGGAGCAGACAUGCGUCCGCUUUCAUUAGUACAGGGCCCUGGCUUUAGAUAUUUUUGCAGGGUUCUAGAACCACGCUGGCAAAUACCAAGCGGAUUUUAUGUGAGCACAACCUUGAUGCCAGAAUUGUAUGAGAAUGUGAAGGCUGAAAUUGUUGAAGGACUGAGCUGUGCUGAAUCCAUUGCCAUUACAACUGAUGGCUGGACCUCUAGAGCAACAGAAAGUUACAUCACAGUAACAGCACACUAUCUUAAUGAGAACUGGGAGAUGAAAAAUCAUGUCCUUCAAACUCUCCCAAUCUAUGAAUCCCACACAAGUGAGAAUUUGUCUGAUGUUCUGACAAAAGCUGCAGUGGAAUGGAAAUUAGAAAGACCAAAUACCAAGAUCCCUGUGACAACAGAUAAUGCCAAAAACGUUGUCAAUGCCACAAAGCAGGCUGGGAUGUCACCACAGAUAGGAUGUUUUGCACAUACAGUCAAUCUGGCAUCACAGAAGGGCUUGGACGUGAACCAGAUGAGCCGUAUUCUGUCCAAAAUCAGGAAGAUAGUGGCAUUUUUCCACCGCUGUACAACUGCAGCAGCAGUCUAUGGUGGCAAACAAAAAGAUCUCAAGCUGCCCGAUCACAAGCUAAUUCAUGAUGUUAAGACACGAUGGAACUCCAGCUAUGAAAUGAUUGAGCGCUACCUAGAGCAGCAGGCUGCAGUUUAUGCUGCACUCACAGAGGACAGCGUAAAGAAGAAUGUAAAAGACCUCAUCACCCUCACUGAUUCUGACAUUAAAGUCAUGGAGGCAGCGGUUGAGGUGCUGAAGCCCUUAAAAACAGUCACCACUACUCUGAGUUCUGAAAAACAGCCAACUGUAUCUCUGAUCCAUCCCCUCCAUCACACAAUCCUGACAUCUAUGAGACCCACUGGCACAGAUCCACCCACUGUGAGGGAUAUGAAGAAUGCCAUUGCAGCUAACUUCAAGGACAGAUAUUCAGACCCAGCAACUCAACAGUUCCUGAAACAGAGCACUGCACUAGAUCCUAGGUUCAAGUCCCUACCCCACCUGGAUGACCUCUCCCAGAGUGAGAUCUUCAAAAGUCUGACUGAGCAAAUCUUGCAGCAGCAUCCCACAGAGGUAUGUGCUAUAUUAAUUUUAACAAUAAUAAUUUAACUAAAAUGUAAUAUGUAUUUUUUUAUUGUUUUCAUUGACUUGUUUAAAACUAAACACUAUUCUUAAAUAUUUAAAGUCAUAUAAUUAUUUUUUAAUAUGUCAUGAUAAAAAAUAGCUCACCAAAGAUGUUGUCACAAAUGUCCUCAGUCAUAAUAGAGGCACACCUCAUUUAUUUUCUGUUUUGUGUUUCUGUAUUGUGUGACCUUUUAGGCCCAGGCCUCUGGAGAGGGCACCAGGGAGAGGAGCCCAGCAGAUGAUUCAGAAGCUGCAUCAACAUCUGCUCCCCCCAGCAAAGAAGACAGCACUCAGUGAACUGUUUGGCAAUUUCUUCAGCACAGCCCAGCCCCACCACACUACACCAGGAGCCCCCAUACCAUUUCCUCAGGUGGUAGAAGAGGAGAUUCAGCACUACAGGAACGCCAUCCUCACUGAAAUCAAUGAAGUGACUGGCCACACUCAACCAAUCACUGUUGAUUCAGAUCCCCUGAAGUGGUGGAAAAAGAAUGAGCAUGUGUACCCACACUUGGCAAAGCUUGCCAAACGUUAUCUUUCUGUUCAAGCAACCAGUGUUGCCAGUGAAAGAGUGUUCUCAACAGCAGGGGACCUCAUAACAGCUGAGAGGAGUUGCCUCUCUCCAGAAAAUGUGAACAAGCUCAUCUUCCUUAAGAAGAAUUUGCACAUAGAUAUAGAGCUUGAAUGAAUGGAAUGGCUUUGGCAUUAUUCACAUUUCAUGUUUGUAAAAGGAAAGCUCUCUGUUAGAAUAAUGUGAAUAAUACAGUAGUGGUCCAGUGGACUCACUGUGGAAGAAUUUGAAUUUGAGCCAAAUGUAGCCAAAUUACAUUGUUUGUUGGUCCUUUUUUCUUACAUGUUGUUCAACAUUAUUGGUUGAUUGAUUGUUACCUGAAAAUAACUGUUACAUCUUCUUAAAGAAGAAUUUGAAAAUGGAAGUUGUUAGGGCAUAAAACCCUAAGUUUAUUAUUUAUUUUAUAAUGUUUGUUUAUGUUAAACAUUGAAUUCUUCUCAUUUGUCAUUAAAGUGACUGAUUGAGAAAAAGUGUUUUUCUUUACAAAUCAAGAAAGUGGCCUAAUUAAUGGUCGUACAGCUCACAAUGCUGAAAAAAGGAGGUAAAAAAAAGUCAUAUCGGAUCGAGAAUCGAAUCGAAUCGUGACCUUAGAAUAGAAAGUUGAAUCGAAUCGUGGAAUAGGCGAAUCGCAACAGCCCUAGUUGUGAUGAAUGACAAUGAGAGUGUCUGGCCUGCUUAAUGUCUCUGGCAUCUUGAGGAGAGGCAUGACAUGUUCAAGUGAAGCUUUAGACAUGUUUUCAAGAGCUACGGUGAUUUCAGGGUUGCAAUAGAUUUUCUUCUCAUCCAUGUCUAGAAUGUGGAGUCCACUCAGAGAGGUCACUCUACUCAGAGCAACGUAGACCAUGCCGGGUUCAAAGAUGUGUUUCAGUGAGAGCACGGCCAAGGACGUUGUCAUCCCUUGAACUUUGUGUAUUGUACAUGAAAAAGCGAGCUUGAUAGAAAACUGUCUUAGGACAACUCCUGCCUGUUUCAGAUUCUCCUCGUCUCUGUCAAUGUACACGAUAUUUUCAUCAGCAACUGCUUCACUGGCUGCUGCACUUUGACUGUUCAGUUUAAGUCAGAGUUUUUCAACAUGCAGAUUUCCUUCUUUAGUCACAAUUUUUGCAAUGCGUGCAAAUGUUUCAUUGCAGAGACCUGACUGCACAUUUAUGUUUCUGGUUACCAUGACAUUAGCGCCGAUGGCCCCUUUUUAUCGAUUCAGGCAACUCCUUUUUGUUUCCUUGGAAAGGUACACUUUGUCUCGUCAUUCUCCCGGUGGUUGGAUUUUUUUUGUAGUCGUCCGCAUCUAUUGUGGUGACGUCAGAGUAAAACACAUCCAGUGUUUUUGAGUUGUGUUCCUCAACCUGUUUAUUUGUUGCAUAAACAUGCAGUACGUCUUUUGGACAUUGAGAUGAGUCAGCUAAGGCCCGUGAAAGCAGAACUCUGUCUUCAUGAGACAAAGACACUGUCUUUCCUUUGACACGGAUUCGAUUCAGCAUCUCAGCAAGAGCGACAUCAUCUUUCUGACGCAUGAUUUCAGUCAGUGUGACCAUCUGAAAGUUGUCUCACCAGACGUUGAUCUGAGUCGGGUCGAACACACACAGGGGUUUCGACUGUCUGACAGGUGGUUGCUGGUAGAAAUCUCCAACAGUGAGUACUGACAUUCCACCAAAGGGUCUCUGACUUCCUUUGAUUUGUUUCAGUCUUGCAUCCACAUAGGCAAAGAGAUGUUUGGAGACCAUGGAGACUUCAUCAAUGAUGAGUAUCUCUGCAUUUGAAAGCUCUGCCCUGACUUCGUCAAGUUUGUUACCAAGACCUUGAAAAGGAGGUUUGAGACUUCUGGGCAGCUUCAAGAGACAAUGCAAUGUUGUGCCUGAAAUUUUGAAUGCUGCAGUACCAGUGAAUGCAGUCAAGAGAACGGUAGGUUUAGAGAUGUCUGCUUCCUCUGCAUUUCUUGGAAGUCUGCUGAGUAUUUUAGACACCUCUGCAUGGAUGCAUUUGAUUAGGUGAGACUUACCUGUUACGGCGCCACCAUUAAUGUACAAGAAGAACUGCUCUGGUUUUAAACCACAAACACAUUUCAAGCACCAGUCCCGGAUGGUGUGGAAAACUGAAGCUUGCGUUUGGUUCAAGUUCUGAUACAUCUCACGCAGCACUGCAGGAUCAAUCUCAGGAGCUUCGAUCGUGACUGCAGAUUCUUGCCUCACGUCUGACCUCUCAUUGUAGUCUGGAACAUUCUCCAUUCUUCAUCAGCUUCUCUUUGUUUAAGUUCAUCUAAACACUCGAGCCGUUCGAUCUCACUCUCUAGCGCCAGGUUGCCCCAUUUGUUUAGCAACAUUCCUCUUUCUUCAAACUCUUGAAUGUCACUGUCAAUGGACUCACAGUGUUUCUUAUGUUUUUCUCUGUUACGUUUCACAAUUACCUUCACGCGCUAAGGAUGCUGUGAUCCAGGUAACCAAACAGCUGCAUGGUCGUGGAAGGACUGGUAAGUUGGUAAGUGGUUGGAUUUCAGCUGGUUGUCUGAGCGAUAAGGAACGUACAGUUUAAGCAAUGUGCCAUAAUACAGCUCCGGAUCUUUCUCAAGGGAAAUGGGUCGAUAUCUGAUGAUAGCAUGUUUUUCAUCAUUUGCUCUCUUCUGGACAAACCCCAUCUCAUUCAGUAGGCGAUGACAGUUUUUGCCUUUUGUCUGUUUUCCGUAGACAAUUCUGCAGCUUGAUGCAAAAUCUGCCAAGCACAUUGCCUCAAAGUCUGGUGUUUCUGGUCUGCAUACAUACUUAUCAGGUAACCCUGUCAUCCACAGAUGUUCCGAUUCUGAAGGUUUGUUGUCCAGGUGUGACAAGGGGUAACUCAUUUUCAGUGCGUUGUCAUCUGUCUGCACAAACACCAUGCUGCAUGAACACUGCUUCAUGUGUAGACUGCAUGCACGAGCAACACACUCCUGAGUGCUUACCUUUCUUUUUUUGGAGUAGGCCUGCAUUAUUGGUUUCAUUUCAUCACUUUCGUUGACAUCUUCCUGAUGUGAGUUUUGUAUCACCAUUUUCAGAUAUUCACUCAGACCAUGUUCCGCCUUGCUGAUGUAGCUGCACAUGUACAUGAUACAGGAGUAUGGGUUGAGAAUGAAUUGGAUAUCCAUGUUGGCAUUCCAGGCUUUAAGAAGGUAGGGGUUGUAGCCAUUUACCCAAACGUCUUUGGGACCACGCUUCAGCAUCACUUGACUGCCGUUGGUUUUGCUCUGCAAACACCUGUUGUAUUGGGAAGUCUGAAACGACAGUUUGCACCACUGUAUUUCACACACGUCUUGGAGUGGUUUUUGCUGUGCAUCUGAACUUCUUUGACUAUUUUGUACAGUUCUGGGUCGUCGUUUUCAUCAGGCAGCUCAGCUUUGAUGAAUUUGGCCACAAACUUACACACCUCCUCAUCAGAGCAUUCUUCAAACACAGGUGUGCCUGCCACCCAUACCAUACCGUGAAUGUCUGGGCUUCCUCUGUGCUGAAACUCGAGCCGGUAAAAGUAGUCGACGACUUUGCCGAUAGGCUGUGCGGGGGACGGGAUCAGAUCUCUGAACAGUGCCUCGACACAUUUGUCAAACAUGCACAUUGUGGUGACAGGAUUACUUCGCAAAAUCUCACACUCCAAUCCAGCUCUUCAAAAUUCACGUGUUCACCUUGCUGGUCUUUAAUUGCUGUGAUAACCCAUUUCCAACGCAUUUCUGUGGCACUGAAAGUUAAGAAGAAUUGUGGCGAGCCUAGAGCCCAAAUCAUCGCAAACAAGUCUUUGGUUGUUUUCUGCCAAUACGCUGGGGUGCCUCUCAGCGGUGUCAUGAAUCUUAUUGCAUCUUUGUUCCGCACUAGCCUUUCGACUUCUCGUUUGUUUUGCAACAUGGCAUUGGUGAUUUUGCGGCCAUCUCGAGUCAAAGGUUUGCCUUUACGCAACUGUAUUGUCAUGCUGGAAGUGGCAUGGUAUGCAUUUCUGUCACAAACUGAGCAAAGAACAAGUAGUCUGUAUCUUUAGCGAAACAGCCAUCGACACAGCAAAGCCUUAAUUUGAAAUAAUUGCAGGGUGUUAAUUUCAUUGGCCUGUUAUCAUCCAGUGUAUUUUCGCCAGUGGGAAACUGAACUGGGAAAGCCAUUGCUUCAAGUUUAGGUGUUCUGAAAAAGCUUGACGUUUUUUUUCCUUCAGCGGGGCAACAGAGUAUAUUCCCUCACUAAAACUCAAAAUCACCUCUGACACAUCGCUUGGCUGCAGACAUGAUUCAAGGACAACACCACCGUUCGGUUCAUCACCCUCCAUGUUAUCAGACUGUUUCUCUGGCUCACAGCCAUUAUUACCUGACCGAUUGACUAUUAUCUUCGUUGUUUUCAGGAAUGCUUUCUGCCUCACAGAGUGCAUUUUUCUCAAUACGGUCAAUCUCCAUCAAAUCUUCCUCAUCGUAAUCAUCAUCAUCCAUCCUGUCAUCCUCAUCACUGUCAGUGUCUUCAUCAUCAGGAAGAGUUGGGUCACAUGACUCAGCUUCAUCUCUGAUUGUUAUGUCUUUGUACUGGGGAUGGAUUUCUCUCAGUUUAAGCAGAGCUCUCACAGGUUUUUGCCAGGUCACAGUUUGGAACAGCUGAUGACCUUUGUAGCACAGUCAUCUCUUCAGCUUCACUCUCAUGACCUGAGAUUCACUCCUUAGUCUGGGCAAAGCAUUCACAGUUUCUUGUACGUUAGACGGGACACACACAACAUUUCCACGGAUUGCUCUUUUCUUUUUUUUGACCUUUGGACAGUGGAAUAAUUUUUGCAAAAGGUAUGCUUUUAGCCACAAGAUGACGUUCCAAAAUGUUCAAAUCACACAGUUCAUCUGGUAUAUCAGCAAGCUCUAACUUAUUAGCCAUGGCGAGGGGUAGCAUCCCACCAGCCUUAAGGUGAUCAUGGCAUGUGUAACAAAUCCACUCUCUCUUUCGCUCCUCUGGUAUUGGGCACUGUUGUGAAUUUUCGCAUUCAUCACUGCAGACAUGAACAUAUGCACCAGAGAGGCAAGCUGCAACAACACUCUUUGUCAUAUUUUGACCGAUUGCAGUGUCGCACUUGAUUCGGAAACAGUGCUCUGUGACAAACUGUGCAUACAUAUGUGGGUCCAUCUUUUAUGUGUGAUCUGAAAAUCUCUAUGGCUUCAUUAAUCUGACUGUCAUCCAUGUCCAUUUGCUGUCUAUUAAUAUGUCUGUAUUUUUGUCUAAUCUUAAUUGCACACCGCAUGCUGUUGGUCAGUCUGGUUACAAGGUUGUUUCUGUAUUUGUCUCUCAUUAGCUGUCUCAUAGUUUGUUUGUGCCUUGCUCUGAAUGCGACAUCAUUUGCAUAACACUUUGUGAUAUACUGCCUUUGUUUGGAUCUAAAUGCAAAAUCCUGGCAAUAGCGGUUUCUUAUAUACAACAUUUGUCUCCAUUUAAACUCUGCAUCAUCUGUGUAUCGGCGAUUGAUGUAAGAUCUUUGUCUCCAUUUAAACUCUGCAUCAUCUGUGUAUCGGCGGUUGAUGUAAGAUCUUUGACUCUGUUUAAACUGUGCAUCAUUUGUGUAUCGGCGGUUGAUGUAAGAGCUUUGUCUCUGUUUGAACUCUACAUCACUUUUGUAACGGUUUUUGAUGUAAGGUCUUUGUCUCUGUUUUAACUCAGCAUUAUCAGCACAGUAACGGUUGUAGUAAGACCUCCUUCUCUGUUUAAACUCCGGAUCCUCUCUGUACUGAUCAACUAUACAAGACUUUUUACGUUGCUGUUAAGAUUUGUCUUUGGCAUAUUGUUCGCGCUGUUUUGCAUUUUUAUCAAUUGCAACUUUUGUCUUUUGCAUCAGAGCUCUUCUUUUUGAUUUCUUCCUUUCCUGUUUAUUAUGUCUUGAUAGAUCCGACAAAGUUUGAAUGUUAGAUUUUAUUGGGGCAGUUAUCUCAGAUUCUGCCUGGGGUAGACUGGACAUGUGAAGUUCUUGCUACCCUGCUAUUGUAACAACAUCUGCAUUAGACUCAACAUGUGGCAAAUUUUCUCCCCCUGAGAGCUCCUCCACAGUCUGAAAUAGUACAGGUGUCAGCUCAAAAUAAGCAUUUGGACCAGAGCCCACUGCACGGAACAAUGUCACAAGCUUUGUGAUCAGAUCACUUAAAUGUGUGAAAUAGUAGGGCACUUAGGAGACCUCCACGUACCCCCCCCCCCCCCCUUAUUUUUUUUUCUAGUCAGGAUUUUUAUCAUCCUUAAGACCUCUAAAAAAGGAUUUUGAUAUUCCCAAGAAAGAUUUAUUUCCCAAAGGUGUGCUUUUUAAUCUUUUGUCACCCCUAUGACACAAAUGUUUUUGCAGGCAGGAUCACUGACGACACUGUCUUUCCGAGAGCGUGGCAUGGUCAAAUUUUGAGGUAGACAAAAAUUAAAGAUACCAUUGUAUUCUGGACAACCACAGCUUUCCAAUGGGAAAGCUUCCCCAUGCCAUUUUAGCUCAUUGGGAACAGUGUUGUUUUCGUCAGGCAGGACGAAAACUUAAAUGACGACGUCAGACCCCUUUUUUCCUUGACGAAAAUGAGACUAAGACGAACGUCACCAAAACUCUGUAAAGACUAAAAUGUGACGAAAAUUGUAUUGAUUUUCGUCAGACGAGAACGAGACGAGACUGAAUUGUUAUUAGGUGGACGAACAAAGUUUCAAAACAUGUUUUUUUUUGUCCGAACAGCCACGCCCCCAUCACACACGCACCAAAAGCCUCGCUCGCGCACAGCUGCGCGCACACACUCAUACAUAUGCACAGAGCGGCAGGUGGACGAGGCGCGCACACACACACACACACACACACACACACUGCCUCUUUUGCCUGAGAAGACUACGAUCAAAAGACAUUUGUAGUGAGAUGCUGCAGAUGUUUUAUCAGUCUGUGGUGGCGAGUGUUCUGUUCUAUGCUGCAGUCUGCUGGGGAGGAAGUAUCAAACGCUAAGAUGCAAGACAUCUGAUCAAAUUGGUGUAAAAGGCUGGCUCUGUGGUUAGAUUCAAGCUGGACUCAGUGGAGGAAGUGGUGGAGAGAUGUACACUGAGGAAGGUGGAGACUAUUCUAAAGAAAAUGGGUAAUCCACUCCAUAACACCUUGAUCGGCCAAAGGGCCAAUAAUGGUGGAUGGCUCCUCUCUCUUUGCUGCAGGACAGAAAGAUUUAGAAGAUCUUUUGUACCCACAGCCAUCAGACUGCUCAAAUCUUCUGUAAAUAGUAUAUGACUUGAGACAUGACACAUGAGAGUACAGACAAUCACACACACACACACACAACACACACAACCCCCCCUGCUUCUAUGAUUUUCAGCUCUGCAGGAAAAAGCACACAUGCCUUUAUCCCUCGCUUCUUCGUUGCUUCCUGGCUUCUCUGUAUUGUACUCUCUCCUGUAACACUUUGGCCAUGAAGUUCUCAACAAAAUAGAUCUGGGUUUUAUUUUACAACCAAGGGUCCGUUUCACGUAGGUGGUUCAACAAACUCUGAGUCAAAUCCUUAACUCUGAGUUGAUCUACUCUGAGAUAGGAAACUCUGAGUUUCCGGUUUCACAACACCUGAUUUGAGUCAGUUUUAGCAACUCCGAGUUGUUUGACCUAGAGUUAAGCACGUGCACGCCAGACAUAAACAGCCAGCAUCUGUGGAGCCCAGAUUCAUUGAUCAACCAAUGGAAACAGGGAGAAGGAGGGGGCAGCAGCAAGCCAACGGCGAAUUACAGCAUGUUUUUAAAAGAAAGUGCAAUACAGCAGCAGCUGCAAAGGAGAGGGAGAGGGCAUGGGAGGAAAUUGCUGCUCACGUUAAUGCGUAACUUUAAAUCUAGUCUUGUGCAAUCACAAUGACAGACUGUUGCAGGGGAAACUGCUUGCAUGGAGCAAAUUUAUUUAUUUUAUGUAGGUGCAAUCCAGCGGGACAAAAGCGCACUUGGCAGCAGCUGAAAAUUAAAUAUAAAAUAUCUGUUCGAGAGGGGGGGCAGCUCCUCUGCCUCCGUUAAAGGUGGGGCUGCUGGGCCACCACCCGUUUUUGUGUGAGUUUAAUAUUCCUAAUCAUUUAACGGAACAUCAUAAGAGAGUAAAAUUCAUUUUUGAGUGUGAAAAUAGCAUUUUGUAAGGGAUCAAACUGCCACUUAAUAUGUACUUGACAAUGUAAAACAUGAUCAAAAUGAGAAAAUGCCGAUGUCUCACCUGAAACUCUGGGUUUACUGAGUAAAACCUGGGGCCUGUUCUACGAAGCAGGAUUACUGCUUAGCGAGGUAACUUUGAGGAUAAGUUCGGGGUUUCCUGUUCUACGACGCGGGUUCACCUCUUAGCGAGGCGAGUCUCCAUAGCAACAUACGCUGAACGGCUAAACUGCUCCGGGGCAGGUUAGGUUCCAGAUUGAACUCACGGAGUAUAAAAACCCCGCCCACUGACCAAUGAGCUCUCUCGAAAAACGGCUUGUCCGUUCUUGGAGGAUCCUGUAGACCUCGGUGCUCGCAUUGUCCGAGGAGGAGCACUCCGGCUCGCGAGAGUUUUCAGGGAGAGUUUUCUCCGGAUGACCACCUUUAUGAAAGGCUCAUAUGGCCGACAUAUUACACAAAACAUGUAAACACGAUAGGAAUGAACAAAUGAAUGAUUCAUCUUGGGAAUGAAUGGACAUGGGCUGCGCGAUCACAGACAACAUCUCGGUACUAUUUAGUAGCAGCGCACGCCCCUUAUAAUAACCCGGUAAAUACUGCUACUUGUGCUUCCUACCCACUGUAAUAACCGUUGUUCUUGCCCACAUGCAACAUUUUUGUUCUCAUUCAUGAAGCGCUUAAAUCAGGGACAUUUUCGGGGACAGCUUUAGCCGAGGACAGAUCAUCCAAUUCGGGGACUGUCACCUUAGUUAAAAGCGCAUGUUGAACAGUGCUAUUUCAGGGUGAUAAUGGCAUCAAAGAUUACUUUUCUGCCAGCAUUCCCUCCGUGCUUUUGCAGCGGCGACGGUGUUGCUUUUGAGGUUUAUGAUAGCUUUCAAUUCUUCAUACUUUCUCAUGAUCGUCUCCUGUUCCUCGUUUGUAAAGUCCGCAGUCCUUCACUCUCCAGCCUGCUCUGACGCUCCAGACUGAUCGAUGUCCGUGAUUGGUCAGAUGCGGCGGGCUCCGCCUUAUAUGUGUGCAUGCGCUCAUAGCAGAGCUGGAUCCACUUAUGAGGUUGAUAACCAGCGUCGUAAAACCGUGUAGCGAGACCGCUGGCUACCGCGCUAAGUUGAGCGAGGUAGCGCCAAGCCUACCUCGCUAAGUUGAACCUGCUUCGUAGAACAGGCCCCUGGUCCCAAGCAGGUUAGGUUCACGGAGUCUGUUACUAUGGUAACUGACCGCGAGGUUGAGUUACCUCUCUUUGUGAAACAGGUUAGAGUUACCCCUCUCUUCGUGGUUUAACUGACCCUCCUUUGUGAAACGGAAAACUCAGUUUCCCUGAUUUUAGGGUUAACAGACUCUGAGUUUCCAUUAAACCUGCUACGUGAAACGGACCCCAAAUCUCUUUCUUUGUCCAAGUGACACUGAGCACCAAACAUACUAGAAUGGAUCCUGGUUUGAUGUCAUUGCAAUAUUUAUAGAAAACUUGAAAAUAAACAACACAAUCAGUCCUAUUGAAGAGAGGUGGGAUAAAGAUUUUUUUUUUAUGAAGAACCUAUUUAACUUUUGAGUGAAAAUAUUGGAUAUUAAUCUUUAGCCACAUAAGUAGAUAAACUGGCCUGUAAAAGGAGUAUGACAUGAGGACAGCACAAGGUCUGGUUUCUGUUUAACAUUCCUGUCUAACCAGACAUAUUCUGUCUCAUCAGAGCUUUUCUGCAAGCAAAGAAACACAUCUGUGUGGAGUAUCCAAUGACCAUGAACUACAAAGCUGCUGAGGAACUUUGGGAUUUAGCAGACAAAACCGGUAAUAUUACAACACUAAAGUGCUCCUUAAUUUUGCUCAUGCAGGUCAGAAGGAUACAUUGAUGCUUUUAAAAUGCUUUUUAAUUUUAUGUGGUGGAGUUUCAUAGAGUAUUUGCCCUAUUUUGCAAAAAACAGGAUUGAUUCUCCAUGAAGAGCACAUUGAGCUGCUGUCAGGGGACUUUAAAGCACUUAAAAGAGAGGUGCAGGGUAAAGUCCUGCAAAAUGGAACCCUUCAUUUUACUGGUGAGAGUCUGUUUUCUAUUUCGUUUGACAAUAAAAUCAUUGUUUCAAGUUUUAGAAUUUAAUAAUAAUAAUGAAUCCGAUUUUUAUAGCACUUGAUAAGAGACUCUCAAAGCACUUUACAUUGGAUACAUCAUUCAUUCGCUCACACAGUCACACCCGGUGGGAGUAAUCUACCGUAGUAGUCACAGCUGCCCUGGGGCAGACUGUUGGAGACGUGGCUGUCAAUUUGCAGCUACAGCCUCUCCGACCACCACCAAAUAUCACUCACAAUCAUACACCAGCGGAGGAAACACACUGGGGGUCAUAUUGUUCAUUAUAUCAAAACAAAAUUGUAAUUGCUGUAGUUUUAACACUAGUCUGAUGUGGAAAGGUGUCUUGGGCUUUAAAAACCAAUUAAAUAUUGGAAUAUUUGUCUAUCUCAAUUUUUCCAAGGGGGACCUCAGAAGCCUGGAGCUGGUUUCCCAUCAUUCUCCGGCAUUGCUCGACUCUCCAUCUUGGUGGAAUUGUUUGGUGAGCUGUCAGUCACAGCAUCCACUAUAGAGGAGGACUCUGGUAAAAACUACAGUAAAAUGACUGCACGCCUUCUUACUAUAGAAGACAGGUGAGAAAGAAUGUGAAUGCUUUGCCACUACAAAGAUAUAAUCAACAAAAUCCAUUUAACAGACUCAAACCAACAUGUUAUGCGAAAGUCAGACUACAUGGUUUAAGAGUGGUAUUUACCCAACCCAAAAGUUUAUUGUUUCAUCUUGUGUAAUGUUUCAUAGUUAAUGCCAAUCAAAAAAGAGCAAAGCAAAAGCAGCAUAGUGAAGCUGGUACAGCGAGACUGAACUUUGUGGAGGAGGUUGGGGAGAGAGGAUUACAUCCAAGCUGUCAUCUAUGCUGGACAGAGACUCUCAACCCCUCCAACAAACACUCACUGCUCUGAGGAGCUCUUUAAGGGACAGGAUGCUUCACCCGAAGUGGGUGACUGAGAGGUAUUGCAGGUCAUUCCUUCCUGCAGCUGUCAGACUCCACAACAGAAUCCUCAGUGUGCAAUAAACCACAUUUAUAUGUAUAUUCUGUAAACAUGUAUAUAAGUUUCUUUAUCCUUUAAUUUUUCGUUUGUAUUUGUAUUUAUGCUGCUGUAAUUUUUGGAAUUUCCCCCUGUGGGCAGAGGUGUCAAAAGUAUUCACAUUCAUUACUUAAGUAAAAGUAUAGCUACUAGGGUUAAAAAAGACUUUUAUAGAAGUUGAAGUAUUGACUCAAGCUUUUUACUCAAGUAAAAGUGUAAAAGUAAUGGUUUCAAAAAUACUUCAUGUGGGCCAUGGCCUAAGCUUUUGUCCUUAAUGGCAUUUUUUCCCCCUUACAUAACUUAGUGCACUACCCACCUCCCCUAAAAAACAUUUUUCUAAAGGCCAUAGUGACUAUAAUAUUAAAAUGUUAAUGUUGAAAAAGUUGUGAUGCAACUGUUUCAGCUGCAUUUAUGCCCGUUAGAAAUUAACACAUUUCAGUACAAUGCAAAUAUACUGAAAUUAACACCCACUGAUUGAAACAAAGUUUUAUGUAAUAUGUUGACAUUAGUUAUUUCAUUUGUAAUUGCGUUUGCAUUUUUUCUGCCAAAAGUAAAAGUUUCCUUGCUGCUUAUAAAACGAGAGCUGACUGUCUCACCACUUAAUUUAUUUGGAAAAACACUGUUUUGUUUACAAAAAAAUAUGACAAAAAUAACCCUAAACUGUUGAGAGUUUCUGGCUUCAAAACAACUAGUGAUGCUCAAAAUAAGACUUUGUUCUUUUUUUUCUAGAUAACAGAAGUCAUAAGGAUACCUUUAGUAUAGAACACGCUGAUACUUUGCCCUUUUAUUAAACAAACUAAAUAGUUUGUUUAUCUUAUUUACACGACACCACCUAAUUUCUAUCGCUACAUGGUUGCGUGUUUACAUUGCUCUAUAAGUUGCACGCAAUGGAGUUUCGCCCUGAUGCACACACAAACACACAUACAGACACAUGCACGCACACAGGUGAACACACACUCAUCAGCAGUAGUCCACUUAGCUUACUUCUGACUUUUCUGGGCAUGUCUCUCUCCCGGCCGUAACCCAGUUAGCACGCUGCGUUCAGAAUGAAGGAACAAAAACUAAGCUGGACGCAAUUUAUCUGGAUAGGAUUUUGAGGAGGGGGUGUGUUUUUUUUAAACGGUAAGAAGUCGCAAUGAAAACCAAAACAAGCCGAAAUGAAAUAGGAGUUAUGUGGCUAUUUUAAAAAUGUAAGGAGUACAGAUAACUACGUGAAAACGUAAUGAGUAGAAGUAUUAAGUCGGCUAAAAAAUAAUUACUCCAGUAAAGUAUAGAUACCCCAUAUUUCUACUCAAGUAAGGUAACAAAGUAUUUGUACUUAGUUACCUGACACCUCUGCCUGUGGGACUAAUAAAGGUAUAUCUUAUCUUAUCUUUAAUUAGUAGCAUUUCCAGGUGUUGUCCAGCCCCUUUGCCCCUCAACAGUAUCAUGACGAUCAUGGUCACUGGUUGUGUACCAUCAUGUAGUCCAUUGUGUAUGUAGGUGAAGUCAGGGCGCAAUUUUAUGGCACUAUGGUCACCCAAUCUGGUAGUGACCACUGUGACAGACAGAAAGAUUGCUUAGACUAACCUCAGCAUUCAUCUUACCACAAAAGUGUCGGAAGUCCUCAUAUUCUCCAUCAUUAUGUGUCUCUUUAGACCUCUGACAUGGAUAGAGGAACGAGGACCAAACCUUUCCAGGGCCAAGAACAUCAACUUUAAGUUUGACACAGGCACUCUGACCCAGUUCCCCCCCACGUCCAGGGGGGCAGUGGGCCUCUUCAUGCAGGAUCUGAUCCACUUCUCUGCCAAACUACAGGGUAAAGUUAGUCAAGAGGAGCUCCAGAGGGAGAAAGUCAGGAUCCUACACUGUCUGAAACUGGCAGAAUGGAUACAGCAACUUUGCCAAAGAUAA